UUAACUGCUGUUGGCGCUUGCUCGCUGUGCCCGGGAGCAGCACGGUGGGGCCAGCCAUGUGCUCUCCGCCCCGCCGGCUUCAACCAGGAGCAGGUGAGUGAGCAGGGCAUCCUCGGAUCAUCUUGGGAAGGGGGAAAGGAUCACAAUGAUGGAUCACCAGUACCCUUCUUGGAUCUUUGUCAAUGAGAGGACAUUCAUAACCAGGGAACAACUUAAUUCUUUACUGGAGGCUUAUAAUGUUUUCUAUGAAAACCAGAAAAAUCUGCAUAUUUUGUAUGGACAGACUGAAGAUGGACAACUGAUUGUUGAAGGAAUGCUGGAUAUUUUCUGGGGAGUUAAACGACCCAUACAGCUAAAAAUACAAGAUGAGAAGCAAAUCUCUUCUUUUGAUCUGUUGAAGUCAUCGGAAACAUUUUCCAGCAAAGGGCGGAUGACUCGCUGGGGAGAGUUUGAUGACCUUUAUCGUAUCAGUGAGCUGGACAGGAGCCAAGAUCUGCUGUCUGAAGGAAGGCAUUCCCCAGAAGACUAUUUAUCUUAUCACAGCACCCUGAAGCCGUAUGCAGAGGAAGAGCCAGAAUCCCCAUUGCUCUAUAGAACCAUGAGUGAAGCAGCUUUGGUGAGAAAAAGGAUGAAGGCUCCAUCGAUGUACAGAAAAGACAGACACAGCCACAGAGCCUCUAUCAACGGACACUUCUAUGACCACGAGACGUCUAUUUUCACCCCAACCUUUGGGUCAGAAACCAAAGUCAGAACAAAUAGUAACAUGAGAACUGAAGAAGUAAUAAAGCAACUUCUCCAAAAAUUUAAGAUUGAGAAUAGCCCUCGGGAUUUUGCUCUUUACAUUAUUUUUGGAACAGGAGAGCAGAGAAAACUAAAGAAGACUGAUGUCCCACUACUUCAGAGGCUUCUCCAAGGACCAUCCAAAAGCAACGCUCGGAUCUUCCUCAUGGAUAAAGACACAGAAGAAAUUAGCAGUAAUGUUGCGCAGUACAUUAAUUUUCACUUUUCUUUCUUGGAAUCCAUUCUCCAAAGAUUAGAUGAGGAAGAGAGAAGGGAGACUGACAGGAUAAUGGCGAAAUUCAAUACCGAAAGGGCCUUUAUACUGAAGUGUCUUCAGAGUAAACAGGCAGCAAAAACAGAGACCACCGUCUAGAAGCACUCACAGCACCUACUGCUAGCCUGCAUGCCUCACAGAGCUGGAGAGGGUACCGUCAAGAGAAUGUACAGUCGGCCUCUGCCUUCUGGUGUGAAUGACCUUGAAGCCAUGGAAAACCGAAUGCCAGGCGCCUGCUUCCUCUUUGAAAUGACAGAGUUGGCUGCGGUUUGGAGUUGGAUUAAGGCAAAAUUGGACUUCAUUUCAGUAACUGAAGGAAGCCUGGAUACUGUGUAUUCCAAAUAUCGUUUAUAGCAAAUUCCUUAGUGAACUCAGAUUUAAGUGGCCUCUACUGAUAUCAUGUGGUUUAAACUUAAGAACUGAGACAUUUGCUGACUCACAAACGAUUGGAAGUCAACCCUUGACUUCUUGAUGUCAAUGAGACACACAUUCUCAAGCCAUCAAGGCCAUGUUUCACAGCUGUGUAAACAAUCGAGCAUUUUCAUGAAAUUUAGAAAUAUCUCUGCAAGGAUUGAUGAUUUUUAACUCUGUAGUAUCAGAGCCAUCUGUCCUUUGGGAAUAAAAUUAUUUUGGACUCUGUUAAGAAUCCUAAACUCAAGGCUGGAGAGAAGGCUAAGUGGGUAAGAGCACUGACUACUCUUCCAGGAGACGUGGGUUCAGUUCCCAGCACCCAUGCGGUGACUCACAGCCACCUACAUCUCCAGUCCUAGAGGACCUGACACCCGCCUCCUGGGGCACAGACAUACAGGCAGGCAAAACAUCCAUAACACAUAAAAAUAAACAAAAAAUAAAAACCUAAACCCCCAUUUUUUCAACCUGGGCCCUUCAUUUUGCCCUCCCCAACCACACACACACACACACACACUUCUAGUCUAGUGAUAACUUCCAAGCUGGUUUUAAGUGUCUUAAAAGUUGGUUGUAUUCGUUUUCUUUAUCUUUGCAAACAAAUAUGUCACAGACAUAGAAUGAACUAUAUUAGGUAGAACAAGAUUUGACCGCAAAUACCUAGUUGUUGCUGGUGAUUGGUGUGGAUAAAGCCAAGCUGCUGUAGCUGAGCCAGGUGGGGCACCAUAGCAUCCCUGCUGUUGUGUGUGACACUUUCUAAGUACUCACAGGUCUGCUAAUCCCACUUGGAAAAAAAUAUUAUGGAAUUCUAUUUGUCAACUAUUUAGUAGCGUGGAGUUUUAAUCAAUAUUCGUCUAGCCCCAAACUACUUCCAUUUGAGUUCUUUAUUUUAAAAUGUACAAUCAUGUUACCUGUAGUAAGGUAAGGUUGUAUUUUCAAUAUUAAAUUGUGAAACGGCUGUAAUAGUGAGUUACUCAUUCUCAGCGUCCC